UCUACUUAAAAAAAAAUUUUGAAUUAGCACCAGAGUAAUAAAAAUUCACUCAGAAUAAUGUUUUAUGGAUAAUCAGCUUUUAAUUCCAUUUCUUUCAAGUGCGAUGGCACUCAAGUCAUAUGCGUGCGUCUUGACUUCUUGUCCCAAUUGCGCAACAUACACUUUUCGCGUUACGUUUUGAGGAACCGUGAUUUAACGCUAGCAGUUUCUGCUUCUGAAACUUGAGAAGGGCACGAAGAUAGAAAGUAACGAGGAUGUUGAUGUCAAUAUUCCGAAUUGUCGAAGAUGACAUUACAUAAAACAGUUUCCCAUCGCGCUAGGCGUAACCCGAAGCACAAUGUACAUUUAUGAUGUAAAUGCGAUACGGAACUGUAAUUUUACGACGUGAUUUUAUGCGAACGCAACCCCCAACCGUUCCUUUUUACGGACGUUCGUUACGUCGCGACCGUGCCGUUAAUAAGAUUCCAGACGGCGAUCUUAUCGCGCUCAAUUAGAGAAAUCUCGUGGGCGGAGAAGCGACGCGGCUGAGUGAGGCAGAAAACGAUGGUCGUUGCGCUCUAUGCACUUUCGCGACUGUCAUAUUUUCUUAUUCUUCUGUGAAAAAUGUAUCGCGUAAAAGCGCCGACACUGCCAUGUAUAAUGAUUGUAAUUUGGCAACAUAAAUUGGCGCACAUGUAAAUCUAUAAUAUUUAAAAAAUCUUUUGAUAUAUAAAUUUCAAGAUAAAUUUAUCACUAAUUUACUGCAAAUAAAAAGAUAAUCGUUUGCCAUGCACACUAUGGAAAUGUAAAAAAAUAUGUAGCAUUUCUGCAUUUAUAUAGCAUAGUAUCUAAUUUUUCAUAUAUAGAAUUGCAAAAAUAUAUUCAAUACAUUCUAUUGGUGCAAAUAAGAAACUUUCUUCAGAAUCCUUUUUGUACGGUAUCUCGAUAAUUCCAUUGGUUUGCACGAAAUGAUCGUCGACAUAACGUUAACAUUGAUUUUGUUUUCUGCUAUUCGCACAUACCACAAAAUAGGAAACGCAGAAAAAUUUGAAAAAAAAAAACGUAAUUAAUUAACAUUGCUUCAUAAUAAUAUUAAUCAAAUUAUUUUAGAGCAGAUAUUAUAUCCUCGUACAUUUAAAAUAGAAUACAAUAAUUUCUCUAUUAUCAAUGAUGAUGUAAAGAAAUCAUUUGAAUGUUUUUUACGGAAUUGUUAUUCUCAAAAAUUUAAUAUUUACAAAUUUAAUACAAAAAAAUAAACAGCACAUAUAAAGCUUUAUAGAUUAUACUUUUUUUUCAUAUAAUUUUCUCUUUGCAAUAAAUGCAACAACUGCCUGAAAAAAUUAUCGAUAUUUCAGUUUAUUAUUAUAAUUAAAAGUAAUUGAUCAUGGCUAAAUUGCACGUUAAUUCUUGUACGUGCGAAAUGGUAAUAAAUCCGAGGUUAGCCGUGCUGCCAAGUAAAUUGCCACGCUAUCGAUCCAAAAUACGGAGUAAUAACCCUAAAGAGCGAAAAGAGCGUGUGGGCUAUAAUAAAUUGGUAUAAUUGGACGGUUUUAAUUGGCUUGCAAUUCAAGGUAAUCUAUGGUAUCUUUAUAUAGUCUACUAAAGUUCUUACUUGCAAUUAAAUCUGCCAAAUUUAGGGAGCUUCAAUGAAACUGCAAUUAUCUAAUUUAUUGUAUACAAAUAAAUUUGUUACUAUUUAUAUAUUAUUUAUCAUACCUAUUUAAAAACAUUUAUCAAAAGAUAUAACGUCUUAUGUUGCUAAUUGUCUAAAGAAAAUCGGUUAAACUUUUAUUUGUAUUCAUUCUAUUUAAAUUUUUAUCACUUUAAAAUCGAAUUUCCUUUAACAUCAGUAAAAUAAGUGCAAAGAAAACCAAUGUAUUUUUAUCCGAUCGAUAACUUUUAUGUCAUACUAGUUAUCUUGUAAACUUGUAAGUAAAAUACUGUAAUCAUUUUCUUUGUCCUCUUUCGGAAACUACGUCGGGAUUAUUAUUUAUUAUAUUUAUUAUAUUUUUUUAUUGAAAAUCUAUUAUUUAAUAUAAUUAUGUAGAUGUUUCUCAUUCUACUUUAAUAAAAACUAACAUGCGCACUGCUUCGUUCUUAAGUUUUCCGUCUAUUUAAGAGUCGAUAUUCAGAGUCUGUUCUUAUUUCAAGACCGUCUUGAAUUAAUGGGUGUUGUCCAGCAAUCGGCACAGAAGAACACAGUGUAACACAGUGAAUCUUUUCAUUCUUGUUUAAUAAACAUUAAUAAACAACAAGGAUGAAAUACUUUACCGUGUUACACUGUGUCCUCUGUGUCGCUUGUUGGAAAACGCUCAAUAUCUCUAUGAUUAGUUCAUAUAUAUAUUUUAAGACUGUACUUAACUAUAUAAGUAGUUAAUAAAAACUAUACUUAAUAAGAACAGACCGUGCGAAUAUCAAUAUCACUUCUACCGGAUGACCACAAACCACAACUUUAUCUUCUUCCAACUUGACCAUUCAAUCUUAAACUGCAGAAAAUGGUCGCAUUGUUUAGAAGUUUCAGUCGGUCCGCGUGGUUUUUCCUAAUUGCACUGGUAACAAUAAUAUGUCAAUCCGCGGGAAAGCCGUCGCAGGUGAUAGUAUGCAGUCAGCCGGAGAGUUUCACGGUCCAAAUAACCGAAAACGAAUAUGUUGUUUACGGCACUGAAUUAUUAAUCAGAUACAACCCACACGUCGGAAUUUUCUCUUAUUCCGAAAUGAAACCAGUAAAUGUUGUCUUCAAUGAAACCGUCAUAGAAUUCAAAGGAAAUAUGUUGCCUGAGUAUUCAGUGAUUCAACAAUAUAUUUCACCCGAAAUACUUUCUUGGAAUGCUAGUGGUAUCAUUUUAGGAAUUGGUACGCUCCAAAAACUAAGCAAGGAGGAUUAUGUAGUCCAAGACUGUCGCUUAUUUUUACAGAUAAAUAUCAAAGGCAGUGCUAAUCUACCAAGAGCUGUGGAAAAGGCAAUUAUUUCUUAUGUUCAAUCUUGUGCCAAACAGCACCUUUGUGAGAGAAUAGGAAUAAUAAAGGAGAAACAACUUCAAAAUAUUAAUAGAUAUGAAGAAUAUGGAUAUAAUAUAGCUCGUAUUAUUCAUCUUAAUCCAAGAAUUGAUCUAAACAUGAACGUGAUCGUGGAUAUUCUUCUCAAAAAAGCGAUAAACUACAUUAAGCGGAACGGAAAAUCUAUAAUUAAAAUUCCUGAUAUAACGGAAACAUACAACAUGGGACUUGGAAUGAAAUGCCGUUUCGAAACAGAUAAUGGAACCUUCGAAAAUCUUUCAACUUUAAAGAGAACGGAAGAUGCAAUUGUAUCCAACAUAGAAAAAACAUACGUUAUACAAACUGGUUUUGGACUUUCCACGGCUAAGUUUAAUUAUAAUUAUUACAAACUUACAGUGGGUUUAAUAACUCUACGUGGCAAUAUACUGGGAACUAUCGAUGAAUUAGCAAUAGCGACAAAAGUGAUCAUUAAUUAUGAUAAAACGUGCGACGUCAAGUUGGAAUACGUCAAAGUAACAAAAGUUGGCAAAAUCAAUCUAAAAAUGACUGGUUUAGGUCCGCUUAAUUAUUUAACAUCCAAAAUAUUGACUUGGUUGACAAGUAGGUGGCAAAACAGAAUUGUUAAAAUUGUCGAAGUUAAUGUCAAGAAUAUCGCUGAAGAACAAUUAAGUGAAUUUACUUGUAAAAAUUAGUAUAAGUUAUAUCCUGAAGUUAUAUCCGAAAAUAUUUUCUUGAGUUACAGUCUCACAAAUCUUAUAAAUUAAUGAAACAAUUUUUCGAUAAGUAUGCAAUAAGCAUAGAUUUAUAAAAAAUUACAAUAUAAUAUAUAAGUUUAAAGUAUUAUCAAAACUUUUGCUUUGCAUACAUAAAUUAUCAUACCAGUUAAUUAUUAUGCCAAAAAAUUUUACAAAGCCAACGUCUUUUAAAAAUAAAUCAUAAUUUUUAUUAUAUAAUACAGCAAUAUGUAAUAAACGAAACUUUUCCUGUAAAAUUCUUAAAAUUCUAUUCUCAGAAUAUUAUUCAAUAUUCUCAAAUAUCAUUUUAUAUGUAAAAAAUUUUAUGCAUAUAUAUUUUAUAUAAAUAUGAAUCAUUAUGUCACGAAUUUUUACAAAAUAUCAACAGUUCUUAAACAUAAAUCACAUAUGUAUCUCCAAAAAUGUAACUGUCAUACGUUAAUAAUAAAAUUUAAAUAAUUUCAAUUAA